AUGGCAGAACCUCCGCACCUCCUCAAAACGCUACUGCAACUGCAGCUCGCCACAGAUACCUCCGCCGUUCUACACAUCCCGUGGAUCGUACCUGCGCUUUCCCCAGCUUGCUUCACACCUUCACCUCAUCUUCAAAAAUGGACUACGCGAACCAACUCUCUCAUACACUCGAAGGAUCCAGGCGCGCGAUGGGCUGGCCUGAUACUUGCACUUCAGACAGCUGUAUAUUCGAGGGAAGUGAUGAUGGAGAAUGCGCAGGGGUGGAUAGGUGUCGCACUACCAUCACUUUCAAAAGCGGAACCAGUACCUAAUCUGAAAGCCGCACUUCGCCUGCUGUGUCAUAUAUUCUCUGCGGCGACGGACAUUCCUGAGUUCCAGCGACAACUGGCCACGCCGAACGUACCAAAGUUUAGUAUUGCGGUUCUAACUUUGGCGGACAAACACCACGACCGAGAACUGCAAAUAUUGUCUAUCAAUACUCUCACCCACAUCAUCCCCCUCUUCCCGACCUUGCACCGCGCCCUGCACACCCAACUCUCCGCAUUCUGCCUACGCUCCCUGAACGGCGCUACUCCAACACCCACCAGCACGAAAUUCCUCGAAGCCUGCUCGCGUUUGUAUGCCGUCCUUCCUGUCACGGGCGGAAAAGUCGGUGCUGCGGCUUUGUGGCGUAAGUCUGUGGACGAGACUGUUGCAUUCACUUGGACCGCACUUGCGGCUCUCAGGACUACAUUUCCCCUUGAAGGGCUCGGGAAAGUUGCGCAGCAGUUUCAACAGCCUUCGAACGAGGAUCCGUUGGUCAAUGUCCCUCUCAAUGCCGACCGCCUGAGAUGUGGCGUCACAGCACUCUCAGAUCUUUUGAAGUUUUCGCACUCCCGACCGGUUACAGUCCCUGUAGGCUCUCUAGUGCAACUGUCGAUCGCGCUCCUCAGUUGUACGAACGAAGAUCAGAGAGACGGGCAUGUGGAUGUGGCGACACGAACCAUGGAAGAAUCAGUCUCGCCUGACAUUUGCAGACUGGGCUGCGAACUGCUCAUCAACAUGUCGUCGUGCUCGAAACGCCACCUAUCCGCCCAUGCGCCGCGUGUUAUGGCCAUCGUCACGUAUCAUCUCGAACAACCGCUCACCCCUACCCAACGUCUUCCUUUCCUCCGCCUCGCCACCACCAUCCUCCAGUCUACCCUUCCCCUCCAUCACCCGAUCACCCCAACUCGCCUCACAAAAGCUCUCCUCUCCAUCAUCUCGGUCCUCCUUCCUAAUCAGUUCGAUAUCUUUACGGACUCGUCUGCCGGUUCCGCUGGUACGGGUUCAACCAAGAGCAAGAAGGGAAAGAAGAGGGCCCGGACAUAUGAAGGGGAUGAAGUGUUUAAGAUUGCUAGUGAGGUGAUCUGCCAGAGCGAUGUGGAGGGAGAAGUUCUACUAGAAGCUCUUGACGUCCUGAAGCUCAUUCUCCACGACCCCUCCGUCUCACCGACAACCCACUCCAUCGCCUCUCGAGUUCUGCUCUCCAUCAACCUCUCCUUACCAUUAGUGGCCCCCUCACACCUCUCUCCGGACCUUACGCUCUAUACUUAUGUCCGUGAGAAGAUCCAAAAACUGUGCCUCGAGCUAGGUACCGGCACAUCCAGCGCAAUGAGCAAGAGUCUAAAUCUAGUGCUCAAUAGUGGAGAUCUGUCCCAUCUCGACGGUGCACAACGCACCAUCGAUCUACUACUGCAUCCCCGAAUCCCACCACUCGUCAGGACUCUCCCUCACGUUGAAACCUUAUCACUCUUCAAAGCCGAAGAAAGCAACGAAGAAAUUGAGGCCCGUACAGCUCUCAAUAUCGGAUCUAUGACUGAUUCUCUCUCGGCCGCCGUACCUUCGAUUGCGAUGCAAGACGAACAAACAUCAUUAUCAGCGCCUGCUCUGAGCUGGGGUCUCAAUCAUACUGGACAACAGACGGAUCAAGCACUGAGGACAUCGUCUACUGCGGGUGUUCCGGUCCCUUUCGCCGACACAGCGCCCCCGGUCGCCCAUUCGUCAAGUACGACUACUACAGCCUUCAUGACUCCAUCUGCGCCAAUAGGGUCGACAAACGUCUCAGUCCUUCCACCGCCUCCGGAGCCACUCCCUUCGGUCUCUUCUACCAGCCUUCAAAGGCCAAAUGAUGAUGAUGACGAGCCGAUGCCGACUAUUAAUAUGGAUUCGGAUUCAGAUUGA